GUUUUGGCGCUGGAAUCUAGGAACUGUAUACAAUAUAUUGUCUGUGAAAUUUUUUGUUUUUUUCUUAAAUUUAGUGUUUAAAGUAAUUUAUAUUGACUCUUAGUGUGAUAAUAACCAUGCCAGUUUUAAUAAAAACCAAAACCUCUAGCGGCUUAAAAGAAUGGGCCAUUCUUGAACUGCAGGGAGAUCUGGAGGUGCGAUCUAAUGAAGAUAUGCACGAUCAAUUUGUGGGAGAUCUCUACUAUAACAAAUAUGGUCAACCAAUUUUAAUUAUCGGUCAUCAUAUUUUACAAGGCAGAGAACAAAAACUCGAAAAACCUUUUGCCGUCUUGGAAAAAUCAAAAACCAGUGAAGGUCAACAUUUAUUCGAUCAAACUGUAGGCAAUUUAAAUGCCAGCGUUAUGAACAACACUGUCGAUCGUACGCUGCUCGAUAAUACGGUGGCUUUGGAAAACAAAUCAAGACAGAAAAGUGAAUACACCGUGCAGGCUGUUAUAACCAAAAAGUUGAUCUUUAAAUCUAGACCCAAACCCAUUAUAGCAAAUGUAGCAAAAAGUGUUUAGAUUUCAAAUUGAUUUUAUUCAAUAUUUUUUCCACUAAAUUUAAGAAAAAAGAAAUAAUUAAAAGUACACGAAAAUAAUAAUAAAAAAAUUUUAAAUUAAA